GAUAGAUAGAUAGAUAGAUAGAUAGAUAGAUAGAUAGAUAGAUAGAUAGAUAGAUAGAUAGAUAGAUAGAUAGAUAGAUAGAUAAUCUGGAUUAUGUCCAACUUUUGCUAUAUUUAUUUAUGAUGCAAGUAAAGAUGGAAUAAACAUGCGAAUGUAUUCACUGAAUUCAUACAUUUAUAUGUUACAUGUAUAUUACACACAAGUAAUAUUUACAUAAUAUUACAUAUAUGUAAAAAUGUUUGCAUAUAUUACAUGUGUAAAAUAAGAGCCAAAAUCUAGUAGCGAUAUAGUAUGUUUCUCUAACAUUCAAAUCCACAAUAAUAUAUCCCAGCCUGUGAUGACAGUUUAAAAAAAAAAAAGAAAAAAAUGAAAGGUGCGUCGUCGAACAAUGGGCAUUUAUGCCUCCACUGAGAAGUUUUACCAGGAAGAAAACAAACUAGGAAGGACGACAGCCCUCUGCAGGAAUACGAGCUCAUCGCGUCGUAAGACAGAAGUUAUGACUUUACUAUGGCUGAUAAGGGUCCUUUUUUAACCUCGUGUAUUAUUUUCUACCUCUCAAUCGGGGCCGCGAUAUUUCAAAUCCUCGAAGAACCAAACUGGAUAUCAGCCAAAGACAGAUAUUUCCAAGAAAAAGAAAACAUUUUGAAGAAAUAUGAUUGCUUGACGGAAGAAGAUCUGGAUGAAAUACUGGAGACAGUGGCAAACGCCGCGGGCCAAGGGGUGGCCAUCACCGGGAACAAUCAGCGCAGCACGUGGACCUGGGAAAACUCUGUCAUCUUUGCUGCCACUAUUGUCACCACGAUAGGUUACGGUAAUGUUGCUCCCAAGACAAAAAACGGACGUGUGUUCUGCAUCCUGUAUGGUUUGUGUGGGAUCCCCCUGUGUCUGGUGUGGAUAAGCGAACUGGGUUCAUUCUUUGGAGACCGGGCUAAACGUCUGUCUGGGGUUCUGAUACGUAAAGGUGUUUCAGUGAAAAAGGUCCAAUUCACUUGUACAGCCAUAUUCCUUCUAUGGGGGCUGUUGGUGCAUCUGGUUAUCCCUCCAUUCGUUUUCAUGUUUAUUGAGGAAUGGAGCUACCUGGAGGGGAUCUACUUCUCUUUCAUCACACUCACAACGGUUGGCUUUGGAGAUUAUGUGGCAGGUGUAAAUCCAAAUAUAGAAUACCCCCGCCUGUACAGAGUGUUUGCGGAGAUAUGGAUCUACAUGGGCCUGGCCUGGCUGUCUCUGUUCUUCAGCUGGAACGUCCACAUGGUAGUGGAAGCUCACAAAGUGCUAAAGAAAAGACGACACAAGCACAGGCACAUCUACGAUGAGGAACCUCAUUCUGUGGAGGACAAGCCGCACGGGGACAUUAAGCCGAAUGUUAUCGACAUCUUCAAUUUCAUGUCGGAGAGGGACGACUACAGCACCGUCAUCAAGGAGAUUGGAAUAAAAGCAAAGAGACAGAAGCCGGCAGAGAACAUAAACCGCUCAAAGAGCUGCAGCGACAUCUUGGCCAACAACAUCCAGACCCUGGAUCACUCGCCACGACACAAGCGUCUGCUGAGCACUAGCGAGGUGUUCAUGACCAAAAAGGUUACCGUGGAGAAAAGUGAGCAAGACAGGUGUCCUCCUCUGAUACGAGAAAGCACGCAAGACCCUGAACCCGCAGCGUGUGGGAGGACUGAGGACGGAGAGAACGAGGACAGUUGCGCAUUUGAUCCAGAGGAUAAAGGGAUCACCUUCAGUGCCCCGAAUGUUACAGAAGAGAAAAGUGUGCAACACCCUGACGGCGGUGAGACUAGGUUUACAAUAGCCAAAGUAGAAGAGGAAAAUGCGUCACUAGAUAAUGAUGAGAAAGGGUAAAAAUUUAAAAAUCAAGCUUAAUAAUAUUGUAAAUACCGUGUAUCAAAUGAGAGAAGGGACAAAUGCACAAAUGUAUAGAAACUGAGGCUGUACUGUAAAAUGGCUUCCUGAAUCCCAACGAUAAUAUUUGAUGUAUUCAUUUCAACGUUGGCUGCACUAAAUGAACCAGUGUAAAUCUUAUUUUUUGCAAACAUUUGAUCAAGAUUAAAUUUUCUAUUUUGUACCCAU